ACAACACACACUCACUCACAGACACACACACACACACACACAUAUACUAUCUGUGUCCUCGUCCUCCUCCAGAUGAGCGCGCCUCGUUGUCAGGGCGAGCAGAUUCGGAGCUGAAGGUGUUCUCUUGUUGCCAGGGAGCUGAAAGGAAGAAAGGAAGUGCAGGAAGAGCCGCUCUCCACCUGAAGAAACUAUCUGAGCGACUGCCGAAGAGAGAGGAGGCAACUUAGGGUUAAAGAGGUGCCACAUCGAGGUCCCCUCGGCGAACGCACAACUUUCUCCCUCUUUCCCCUGCCGGGGAUUGUGAGAUUGUGAGAGCGGCGUGAAGAGGACCCGGGGACAGCGUGCUGCCAGCAUCGCCGCAAUGACCGAGGGUCGAAGGGAAGCGCUGGCGGCGGCGGCGCCCGAGCCCACCACCGCCUCCUCCUCCACGGCCGGCUCCAACACCACCAACGUGGCCGGCCGGGGCGCCGGCGAGAAUGACGAGGCCUUUUCCAAGCUCAAGGACAAGUUCAUGAACGAGCUGAACAAAAUCCCGUUGCCGUCAUGGGCCAUCGUCUCCAUCGCCUUCGUGGCGAUCAUCCUGGUGUUAGCAUGCUGCUUCUGUGUCUGCAAAAAGUGGAUAUUCAAGAAGAAAAACAAAAAGAAGGGCAAAGACAAGGGCAAAAACGCCAUCAACAUGAUGGACGUGAAGGACGGAGCCAAAACCGAGGCCUUGAAGGAUGAGGAGGAGGCGGAAACAGGGCUGACGGAAACGGAGAAAGAGGAGGAGCCCAAGAGGGAGCAGAAACUGGGCAAAUUACAGUACUCCCUGGAUUACAAUUUCACCGAGAACACGGUAAGGGUCUGUCCUCCGAAUCCACCCCCCCCCCCCCACCCCCCCACCCCCUCUCCGUGUGUGUCGUGGUUGAUUAAAGGAACACUAACGUCUCUUUUUUUUCCUCCUCAGGUCCCCUACGUGGAGCUCGGCGGGAAGACUCUGAUCAUGACGGUGUACGACUUUGACCGCUUCUCCAAACACGACGCCAUCGGCGACAUCAAGGUGCCCAUGAACAAGGUGGACUUCAGCCACGUGACGGAGGAGUGGCGGGACCUGCUGAGCGCCGAGAAGGAGGAGCAAGAGAAGCUGGGCGAUAUCUGCUUCUCCCUGCGAUACGUCCCCACCGCCGGCAAGCUGACCGUGGUCAUCCUGGAGGCCAAAAACCUGAAGAAAAUGGACGUGGGAGGCUUGUCAGAUCCGUAUGCGAAGAUCCACCUGAUGCAAAACGGCAAGAGGCUGAAGAAGAAGAAGACGACAAUCAAGAAGAACACCCUGAACCCUUACUACAACGAGUCCUUCAGCUUUGAAGUCCCAUUUGAACAGAUCCAGAAAGUGCAAGUUGUUAUAACUGUCCUGGACUAUGACAAGAUCGGCAAGAACGACGCCAUCGGGAAGGUCUUUGUGGGCCUGAACAGCUCGGGGACGGAGCUGCGCCACUGGUCCGACAUGCUGGCCAACCCGCGGAGACCCAUCGCCCAGUGGCACGUGCUGAAGCCCGAGGAGGAGGUGGACGCCCAGCUGUCCACCAAGAAAUAGGCGUUUUCAGCGCCUGCCUUGUAGUACUCUUUAGCCAGUAUGUGUAAAUACCUCAGUGAUAUAUGGGUCCGUCCAUGGUAACCCCCCCCCACACACACACACACACACACACACUCUGUCUCGUCCAGUUCCAAUUGUUCAAACGUCUGCUUUUUUACAAUCACUUCUUCACUCGCUUUCUCUUUAGUGUCUUUCUUCUGAUUCGGCGGUUUGUUUCUCACCUCCUCGCCGUCCCGACCAGACGCCCUCUUCUUUUAAGCAAUACGAUGUGUAUAGGAAGCGUUUAUUGUGCCACAGUUGUGUAUAUAAGUAUGCAGACAAAAAUGGUUUCUAGUUUACGUGUUUGUAUGUUGUUACCUGUUUCCUAAUCUGUGGAUAUCUCGGUGUUUUUAAUAAGAUGUUCUAUUUUAAAUGAUGUAAAUGCAGAUAUAGAGGAAAGCCAAUAUUAUAUAUCCCAGGAUUUGAAAAUUCUACCUUCUUACCUUAUUGCAUUCCAGAGAAAAAAAGGAGCAUUCCAACCUGCAAGACACUAGUGGAAAUAUAUUCAUAUUAUAUAAGACAAUGUUCUUAAGUUCAGCAAAGAAACUUCAAAAUAAAAGGCCAUUAACCAGCGUGGUUGUGAGGGGAAACGAUGCUGCUGGAGAUUAGACAAGCACAUGAUUUCUUACUACUUUUUGUACUUAUUGCUCAAUGAGUCCAUGCAAACUAAGAGCGUUUACGUUGUCCAGUAAGUGGAGCAGUUCAGCCUUUCGAAGGCCCUCGUUCGCUCAAACCGGCUCUUUUCCUUUUUCCAAAACGGAAAAUAUUGCCUCCGAAAAAAGACUCUUAAAAAACAAACAACCCUUGUGAAAAAAAAGCACCAAGCUGCGUCCAUUGUGUCUUUACGCUCGUUUAACGACAUGUUCUUAACGUUUACUUUGAACGGCCUCGUCGUUGUUGGAAGUAUUCCGCAUUUAGGCCGGGGGUCCGAUCCUCGGGACGGAGUAAAGAAAGGGGGGGGGAGGACUAUUUUUUAGAGUAAUUCAACAUCUUGACUAUUUUUCGUAAGCUGCAUGAUUUUUUUUACUAAAUCUUUAUUAAAGGCCCGGGGACGAGGGGGGGAGAUCUCCUGACGCCGGGGGGGGGGGGGGGGGGCGCCUCUUCUGAUACAAACCCCCUUUUGCCUUCAAUCAGAGGAGAGGACGCCAGUUAUAAUCACUGCCAUUUGCAGAGGCGACUUGUGUGCAGCGCCUCCGUUCCUGCACACGCACACUUGGGUUUAGUGGCAACGCCGUCUUUGCUUUGCCUUCUCACAGUGACAAUAGAUCCAGCCAUGUUUUACUGCCAAUUCUAACCUGUACGUGGCUUCUGUUUUGCACUGCGUGUCUUUGAACUAGCUUGUGGACUUCUCUUUUUUUGUGUGUGUGUGUGGGGGGGGAGCCGGAAAUUCACCGACUCCAUCGUCUUAACUAAAAAAAAAAAAAAAAUGAAAAAGCAAGAAAGCAAUGACGACAAAUCAAGUUUCGGCCGACGGCUGUGACGUAGUUUUUGUUUCUUCUUGUCGACAUUGAGACGUGAGCGUGCAGCUCCUGGUCCGCGGGGGGGCUCCGCCGCGUCCCCCGCUAGGGGUCCGAUUAGCAGCAGGGGCGCGUUCCGGGCCUCUCGUCCCGGAGGAACCUCUUGCAUAUACUGGACGUCGGCUUUCCGGAGGAACUUUCUAAACGUUUUCAAUGUUAUUGUGUGGUCGAUAGCGCUAUUAUGAAAAAGCUACUCGUCAUCCCAUCGGCGUCCGCGAGGACCGCUUGGUGUCUCCCUGUGACCGGCGUGCGUGCUUAGAGGUGUGUAGACUUAUCAGUAGGUAGCCAGGCCGGUUCGUCCCGUAGUGAUGUCGUAGCGUUUGCCGCCGUUGUGUCCCUCGCUCCCUCGUUCCCUCCCUCGCUCCCUCCCUCGCUCCCUCGCUCCCUCCCGCAGAGGAAGGCCUUUUCGAUCCGGCGCGAGUGGCUCAUUUCAAACGCAGCAUUUCGUCGAGCACUGUGCAAUACUCGUUCCUUCAUCCCCGUGGCGGAGAAAACAAAAGCAAACGGAAAGGUUGUGACCCUUGAGGACGGAGCUUACAGGUCAGGGCUCGACCCCCCCGCCGCCGCCGCCCGUCGACCUCUGUGUAAGGCCCCUCCCCCUUUUUUCGCGGGUUUGUUCUUUUGUUCUUGCACACAGUUCCAGCAUCAGAAGUUUCAGGGAGUAUUAGUUGGGUACCAAACAAGAUUCUACAUUUAAAUGUCCCCUUAAAAUGCUGUGUACAUAUUUACAUAUUUGUGUCAAACAAUGUAUAUCGAAUAAAUAUUAAGUGACAUGAUGAGGAUGAUUCAGCUGCAAAUAUAAUUUCCCCAUCUAUUGUCCAUAUAUCUCAUCAGCAUUUUCAUUGUGGACCUUUUAUCCCUUAACUGCCCCUUUUAUAUUUGAGAGGAAAGCUCUGAAUGUACAGUUUGGACUGUGUCGGUGUGAGAUUAGAUGUACUUUGCACUUUCUGUUGUAAAAAAGACAAAUGUCCCUCUGUUCAUAUUUCUUUCCAGUAGAUUUUUUUAAACAACCCUUUGGGGUCAAAUCUGCCGCCUGAUUGCAUUCCAACAUCACCGAAUAUACUUUAAUUCAGCUGCAUUCUCGGCCCCUCGUUCUAUUGGACGUGUUUUAAAUUUUCGUAGAUUCGUGAAUUCCAGAACAGCUUCAGAUUUAAAAGGAAAACGAUGUAAACAAGGAAGCGUCUUCGUAGAAAUGACCGUGGCGAUCUGAUAUCUGGACCACGAGGUUUUCAAAGGUCAAAGCGGAGCCGUAACAGAAAUAACUAAUGUAUCAACGUACCAGGGAACUCAGUAACAGGCGGCGUUGCAGAACUCAUCGGAUUGCGAUGUGUGCUGGAAAAACAACAACAACAACAACAACACAAAGCCAUCACCUGCAACGCAACGCUCCUCUUGUUGUUGUUAUUAAAGUGUGCACGCAAAAUCAAACCCCAAAUCCUUCUCUGGUAAAAUAAGCCUGUGACAAGAAGCCGCGGCGCCGUGUAGAGUAUUAGAAUCUGAUGCUGUGGAAAGAUCCUAGUUGCCUUUGUGCACAUCAACCGCCUGCUUGAGUAUUUUGUGCGUGGAACUUUUCUCUGUGAUCUCGUAGAACUGUUUGGGGUGUUUGUUUUUUUCUGCUCACACAGUUAUAUUUGCUGUGUAUAACCUUCAUUUUUGACGAGGUGUUUUGCAGUUUUGUUUCACUUUUGUGUGGUGAUUCACUCUGUGGAGUUUUCUGACUGUUGUUAUAUAACUUCAUAUACACAAAUGAUCAAUAAAAAUGUUUUAUUUCCUGUUGAUACA